CGAGGGGAAUUGCUGGCCAGGUGCGUUCUUCAUGCCGCAGCCUCUGCUGUGCACAAGGCAGACGAGCUAGUAGGUGCUAACCUGAGACACUGCUAACGAGCCCAAGCAGAAGUAAACUGCAAUGCCUGUCAUAUUAGCGACGCUCAGAAAACCAAACGCGUUCGCAGAUGACCAGCGGAUUUGCGAAUGACGUGACAACCUAACCUGCUUCCCCAGUAAAUUGUUCUCUCUGCCAGGCAUCAUCUUCUCCUUCGCUAUCCACGUAAUUUUCCAGCCUCUUAUUUUCGCAAACUACCAUGGCAGAACUGGCUACGCGGCAGGCGGCGUUUCUUCGCAAAGCAGUACCUAUCGGGUCCACAUACUUUGAGCUGUUUGAUGAGGGCCCCGAGGGGCUGGUAAACGGGCCCGGCGAUACACUGGGUGGCCAGGUAAUGUGCGCUUACAAGUACAAGUCACUCUCAAAAGCCUACUACAACAUGCAUCUGCCGGCAGCCCCCGGCGGCGAGGCCAGCCACGGCCAUCGCGGCAAGCUGAUCGGCCGCGUAGCGUCGAACCUAAAGGGAACAGCGUUUUCGAUCAUGGAGCGCGUCAACAUCGACAACUGGGAUAUCCCCGAGGAGCAGAUAGAAUGGCGCGAGGUGUGCUGCGUCCUGUACGAGACUAACAUCUUGGGCCAGCGUGGGCCGCGCAAAAUGACUAUACUGCUACGCGCUGUCGACGAGCACGGCACAGCCAUCGAGCCGUUGAAGGAGAGUGUGCCGCUAGUUGAUCGGCAUAAGGCUGGGCUAGAUGAGAACCUGGCAGUGCUGUGCAACAGAGCGCCCAAGUGGAACCCAGAGACCAGCAGUUUCAUUUUGGAAUUCGGUGGACGUGUGCGCGAGUCCAGCGUCAAGAACUUCCAGCUGGUGCAUCCGGAGGAUGAGGACUAUGUGGUUAUGCAGUUCGGCAGGGUCGGUCCAGACUCGUUCACGCUCGAUAUGCGGUUCCCAACGACACCGGUCAUGGCACUGGGCAUUGCGAUAACGUCGCUGGACCGAAAGCUCGCUUGCUCAUGACAUCACUUUCAGCGACCCAUUACGUUUCAGGAUUUGGAUCGGAUGGGUAGGCUGUGUUAAGCCGGU